GUCUUGCAUUGCACCUGCAUCACUUACGAUGCAACAUAGACAUGGUCAUGAUAAAGCGAGCGUGAAAACAUAUAGUAAAAAGCACAUGUGAGCGUCGCUAAUUCUAGACGAUGACAGAGUGGCGUUCCGGCCUUGCGGUCUUCAGUUCCGAGAACAUGAUGAUGGCACUUCGCGCAGGUAGGCUCGAGCUUCAACUCGCUUGUUGUGGCUCUUCAAAACCAUUUCAUGACGGUGCUGAUGAUUUCGAGCACGCUUGAGGCGAGGGAGGUGUCAUGAAAGACUACAAAUACCGCCGAUGAUGCCUCAACUCGAGCUGUCUUACCACUCUACCCCUACCAAGAUGUCGUUUAUGCCCCACACAGACGUCUACCCCAUCACCAAGCCCACCCCCGCCACCGUCCUCUCCCCCUCCCCGACCGACGACAAGCUCGUCGGCUUUUCGGAGCGCAAGAAGCAUUUCGACUCUACCACCGCCGGUCUUCUGGGGCUGCACUUUGCAGAAGCCAACUUGGAGCAUAGGCAGCUUGUAGAGUUGCUUGUAAAGCAGGUGCAUAUUUUGGGAUGGAAGUAUGCUGAGAAGGUGCAUUACUUUGGGGCUGUGAAUGCUUUAUCCGAGAGGUUCACACAGCUCGCCGACCUUCUCUGCGAACGCCUCCUACCCGACGUUCAGACGAACGGUAUUAUCCCCACCCAAAAUGUCCGGCUCCUCUACCGCGUUAUCGACGAGGGGUCAAUCAUCCUCGGUCAUUUUGGCCGAAUUCGCCUGAAUUGGCUGGAUGCCUGGAACAUCGAGGAGAAGGGGAAAAUCGACAUUGUUGAAGAAGUACUUUCGCAUCUGACUUGGAGGUUGAUCAACCUCGUCAACAUCUUCGAGGAACCAGAGUUGAAUGCCAAGAAGAGUUGGCAAAAGGUGAUCUCGGCGAUGUGGAAGGACGAUAUCGAGAAGAGGCAUCGGGUUACGAAGCCGGCUCCUGCGCUGGCAGACUAUUACCAGUAUGCCGAGUACUGUGUGGUCCAGUAGGGCUGCUGGUGGCAAGGGUUAUGAGCCGAGUCUUAUAUGCCAAAAACGAUUUUCUGUUGAUUGUGGUCUUGUGUGGGC